AACAAGAUGCAGAAGCAAGUGGAGGUCAGAAUAGAUGAGGGCCACUUGGAGCCCACAGUGGACACAAAUGACAGUGCAUGCAGCAGCGUAUGUGAUAAAAUCAUGAAAAAUAUGGUUCUAACACUGACAAUUCUUGGUGUGUUUCUGGGUUCCAUUGCUGGAAUGCUGCUGCGGCAUAUAUCACCUCUUCCUCCUGAUGUUAUUAUGAUCAUAAGCUUCCCUGGGGAGAUCCUAAUGAGGAUGUUGAAGAUGCUUAUUUUGCCUCUUGUUGUUUCAAGUCUGGUAACAGGACUGGCUGGUUUGGAUGCUAAAUCUAGUGGGCGUUUGGGAACGAGAGCCAUGGUGUACUACAUGUCGACGACAGUGAUUGCAGCGGUCUUGGGAGUGAUCUUGGUGCUGCUCAUUCAUCCUGGCAACCCUAAACUAAGAGCUAAUCUUGGACAAGGGAAGAAGAAUGAUGACGUUUCCAGCGUUGAUGCUUUCUUUGAUCUCAUCCGAAAUCUGUUUCCGGAAAACUUAGUGCAAGCCUGCUUUCAACAGAUACAAACAGUGACCACAAAAGUACAGAUUCCCACUAACAGAACCAAAGCGCCCCCACAGUUCACAAUCAAGAGAUCACUUCAGUUCAAGAGUGGGAUGAAUGUCCUUGGUUUGAUUGGGUUCUUUGUUGCUUUCGGAGUCAUCAUGGGGAAAAUGGGGGAGAAGGCCAAGCUUAUGCUGGAGUUCUUUAACGUCUUGAAUGAGAUCAUCAUGAAGAUUGUUAGUGCAAUUAUGUGGUACUCGCCUGUUGGUAUUGCUUGCCUAAUCUGUGGGAAAAUCAUCUCCAUCGCUGAUUUAGAGGUUGUUGCCCGACAGCUGGGAAUGUACAUGCUCACUGUGAUAGUAGGCCUCAUCAUCCAUGGAGGCAUCUUCCUUCCUCUAAUAUACUUUGUGAUAGUGAAAAAAAAUCCUUUCAAAUUCUUCAUGGGAUUAUUCCAAGCUUGGGUCACAGCACUUGGAACAGCAUCCAGUGCUGGAACCUUGCCUGUCACAUUCCGAUGCUUGGAAGAGAACCUGAAAAUUGACAAAAGAGUAACACGUUUCGUCCUCCCUGUUGGGGCCACCAUCAAUAUGGAUGGUACAGCCCUCUAUGAGGCUGUGGCUGCAAUCUUCAUCGCUCAGAUGAACGGAAUUGUUCUCGACUGGGGCCAAAUUGUCACUGUCAGUAUGACAGCAACCUUGGCUAGUGUUGGAGCAGCCAGUAUCCCCAGUGCUGGACUCGUAACCAUGCUGUUAAUCUUAACGGCAGUGGGGCUACCCACUCAGGACAUCAGCCUUCUUGUAGCUGUUGACUGGCUCCUGGAUCGCUUCCGUACCUCAGUCAAUGUGGUUGGCGACUCCUACGGAGCCGGUAUCGUAUACCACCUUUCAAAAGAUGAGCUUGAUUCCUUCGAUGCCCAACAAUCCCGGAUGGAUGAUUUUGAGAUGACUAAAUCAAAAUCUUUCUUUGAUAAUAACACCAACCAGAAUGUAUACGCUCACCACAAUUCAAUCCUUAUAGACGACUGCAAGGUCACCAUGGGCAAAAAUGGCAAGACUGCAGGGUUCUCUUUUGUUGAAGAGGAACCGUGGAAAUCCGAGUAA